CGAAUGCAUGAAGGUGCGUGAGGGACGCGCCGUGCGGAAGUGAAACGAAAAAUGUGUUCCACCAAUUGUAUCGAUUUUCUAACGAGUACACACGAUUCGCUGCUAAUAUAUGUAUUUCUGUCCCGUCUAUGGUAACAUUAUAGAUGUAAUAUCGUUCUACAAUGUAUGCACGGCAUAAUAAAAGUACGCGAGCUGUUAUAUUCCCCUGACGAAUCACUCUAUAAACGGGUACUCUUUGCAUCGAAGAAUCAGUGUACAUAUAUAGAUUUUCACCAUAGAAUCGCGUGUGUUUACUUAUUGUUCAUCGCGAAAGACACGUGUUCGGGAUAGAAGCCGAAGGCUUUAUAAUAUUAUAACGAAAUCAUGGAACCUUACGAGGGCUGCACGCAAGAGAAAGUGCAAGAAGGAGAAUAUGGAUUUUUCUGGCAAGACUAUCUUGAUGCCACAGAAAGCGUUGAAGUACCACAAAUCAUGUUCCCGCAUGUGGAACUUACGCUGCAAAGUGGCAUUGAAAUUGGUAUGUCGCUUGAGGUUCCUCUUUCAAAAACUGCAGACAAGGAGAAUCUCAAAUUCUGGGUCGCUUCUAUUGUCAUGGCCUGUGGACCUCUACUGCGUUUAAGAUAUUUUGGCGGGGACGACAGAUCUUUAGAAUUCUGGUUCAAUUUGACCAAAGAAGCGGCUCACGAGCUCGGCUGGUGUGUAAAGAAUAAUAAAAAAUUAGAACCUCCUGAUAUUGUACUUCAGAGAUCUCCGGACUGCGUAGAGAAGUUAACAGAAUUUUUAACAACCGUUCGGACAGUUCCACCUGAAAUGUUGUCGGGGGAUGGCCUCAGCAUGACAGAGAGAAUUAAACAAGGCAUGAAAGUCGAAGUUAGCGAUACCCUGCAUCCCUAUAAGUUAUGGGUGGCUACGAUCAUAGAAAAUGUAGGUGGACGUUUGUUACUGAGAUACGACACACCUGGCUCAUCGCGCAAAGAUUUUUGGAUGUUCUGCACAUCGGAACAUCUUCAUCCGUAUGGAUUCGCUUCCAAGUCAGAUUCCACUUGGUUUCUAGAGCCUCCCAGCCGUAUAGUAGAUAUGCAUACGUACGAACAAUGGAAGGAUUUAUUAGAAACCACACCAAAGGACGGUGAACUGCAAGAGGAAUUGUUUAACAACAGCGUAGAACACCAAAAGCAUGAAUUCAAAAAUGGCAUGAAAUUGGAAGCUUUGAGCCCCCACGAUCACAUGAAAAUAUGUCCAGCCACUGUCAUUAAAGUACUUGACGAUACUUAUUUUCUUGUACAUAUUGAUACGUACGAUGACUCAUCGAAAGCAGUAGAUUCAGAGACAUUUAUGUACAGUAGCACAGAAAAGAAUACGUGGUUGUGCACUGCGGAACAUCCGUAUAUCUUUCCAGUUGGUUGGGCUAAGAAGCACGAUAUUCCAAUCACAUCGCCACAAGGUUGGGUUCCGAAAGAAGGUGAAUUUGAUUGGGACGAGUAUUUAAAGGAGACUCAAGCAACUAUUACAGAGGAGAAACUAUUUUCUGAGAGGCAAAUUGCUGCUGACGCAGGCUUCGAAAUUGGAAUGCGGUUGGAAGCUGUUGAUCCAGGGAACGAGAACAUUAUUUGCGCUGCACAUAUUACCAAAAUCGUAGACAACCUCCUAUGGUUGAAAUUAGAUAAUUACGACAACACGUGGCCAGAGCAUAUAGUCGACAUGCACAGUCUGCAAAUAUUCCCUGUUGGAUGGUGCGAAUCCAAUCAUUAUCCACUGAAGCCUCCGAAAGACUACGUAGAAGUUUGUAAAAAAUUACAAACACCUGCGAAGGAGGAAAAGAAGAAUAACGUUUUGGACAUACCGAUAUCCGAGCCGCGCUCUUCGCUAUGGUGUCCGAAGAUAUAUUUUAAUUACCGUUGUUUCACGGGGCCUAUGAUCUCGAAAGGAAAAUUAGCUACUCUGCCGAAAGCCGUUGGACCAGGUCCUGUGAUUUUAGUCAUGAGAGAAGUCUUAUCGAUGAUCGUGUCGGUCGGUUACAGAAGCGCCCGUAUAUUGAAAGUGCUGCAAUGCGAUUCAAAACCAGAUCCUGGUUAUCAUUUGGAAGUUCUGAAGGCGAAACAUAAAAACAACACUUAUCGUGCCAGCGUUGCUGUCGUCACGUCCGGAGACAUGGUUGCUGACUUUUGUAGAAAUAUUUGUAAAAAAUUGAUGGUGUGCCCGAAUCUCUUCGGACCCCUCUAUGUGCCUGAGAACGAGUGCCCGGAUAGAUGUCACAAAACGUCCAAGGCGAAGUUCACUGCGUCGGUGGGUACCGGAAGAAGAGGAAAACCGAAGGGCUAUACAAGCAUCAUGGUGCAGAAACCAAAGCCGUGGGGUGGCAGGAGGAAAAGAAGACGAGGCAGAUGGGCGAACAGGGAAAAAGAAACGCACGAGGAUUUCGAGCACGAGGACGAAAUGCCUUUUAUGCCGCUCGACUUGGCGAAACACGUGUCGAGUAUCGAGGAGUCUUUCGAGGAUACUGAAAGGCCGCAGCUCUCGGAGAUAGACAUAAUGAUUCAGAAGGGCUUGGAGAAGGCAGAGAAGUCGGACGACUUCAAAACGGAACCACCCUCGAGCAACAUUUCAGAGGAUUCCGGGAGCUCGUUCAACGACCGAAAAACAAAAGAUAGAGGGAGCCCGAACAAUUUGAGCAACAAACAGAAUUCAUCGAAGUGCAGCCAAAGCAGUACGGUGACUAGAGCGAGCAAACGAGAACGGGAUUGGGAUACAAGUAUCGAAUCUGAUUGCUCGGAGGCGGACGCGGAGUACGUGAGAAUGCAGAAGAAGCAGAGACGGCCAAAAACGCGAAAGCUGGAUUCGAAUCCGCUUUUCUGGAGCGUGGACGAUGUAUUUCGAUAUCUGAGAAAAACGAACGAUUGCAAGGAUAUCGCGUACAGAGUCAAGCAAGAGGAGAUCGACGGACUAGCAUUUUUAUUGUUGAAUCUGCCGUCUUUAACGCAACAUAUGAAACUGCGAACGAGCUUAGCCAUGAAACUUUGCCGCCACGUGGAGCAGGUCAAAGUGACAUUUUUUCUACGCCAUAUAAAUGAAGUAGAACCAGAACAAUAUCAAAUAGUGUAAUUCAAUCAACUAGACAAUUCAAUCUAUUUUAUUAUUUAUACAAUGUAUCUGUAACAUACAAUUGUAUAGCGCUGACAGUGUGAUUCUAAUUUAUGUACGCGAACGCAAAAGAUUGUUAUUAUUUUCUAGAUAGGAUUAUCAAUGUUUCAUAUCGUACCAUAUAUAAUCUAUUUAAAUUAUUUCUAUCGAUAUUUAUAAACGAUGUUCGAUUUUACUUGUAUAAAUGAUGAUGCUACUUAGAGAAAUUCCCCCCGAGCCAUUUAAACGUACUAAUCUUCACUGUGAAUAAAAUUGUACAAAAAUUGUCGAUUAUUACUCUGUUACGUAGCUCUAGCAGAGUCGAUAUUUAUAUUAUAGUACAAAGUGUCCGAAACUAUUAUUUUGUAAAUUGACAAUAAAACGUGUAUUCAUAGUUCGAA